GUGCGGGUGUGCGUAGGCGAGCGGCCCUGCCACGCCUCUCUCCUAUGCAGUCUCCUAGCGCUUUGGCAACGGCAGCGAUGCAGCGGGACGGGCUGGCUCUCUGCGCCCUGGCGGUGCUGGUGGCGGGUGUCUUUGGGGAUGAGUUUAGUGUUUUACGAUCCCCCCAGUCUGUCGUUUUCCGAGAUGGAAGCUGGCCAAUACCCGGGGAGCGAAUCCCAGAUGUAGCUGCUUUAUCCAUGGGCUUUUCUAUUGAAGAAGACCUCUCCUGGCCUGGGCUUGCAGUGGGGGAUCUGUUUCAUCGUCCUCGAGCUACAGUUCUGGUGACAGUGAAGGGCGUAGACAAACUGAUGCUGCCUAAGAAUGGAAUUUCUUACCCAAUUGAGAAUGCUGUACCUUUCAGUCUCGACAGCGUUGCAAAUGCUAUUCACACCUUGUUUUCUGAGGAAACUCCUGUAGUUUUACAGUUGGCUCCCAGUGAGGAAAGGGUAUACAUGGUGGGAAAGGCUAACUCUGUAUUUGAGGAUCUUUCUGUGACACUGCGACAGCUACGAAACCGUCUAUUCCAAGAUAACUCCAUUCUCAGUUCCCUUCCCCUUAACUCCCUCAGCAGGAACAAUGAGGUUGACCUGCUUUUUCUAUCAGAAUUACAAGUCCUGCAUGAUAUCUCAAGCUUGCUGUCCAGACACAAGCACCUAGCCAAAGAUCACUCUCCAGAUCUAUAUUCUCUUGAACUGGCUGGCCUGGAAGAGAUUGGGAAACGGUAUGGAGAAGACUCCCAGCAAUUCAAGGAUGCCUCUCAGAUCCUUGUAGAUUCUCUGCAAAAGUUUGCAGAUGAAAUGUAUAAUCUCUAUGGUGGGAAUGCAGUAGUAGAGGUGGUGACUGUGAAAACGUUUAAUACUCCCUUCGUGAGGAAGACUCGUUCCAUUCUUCAGACUUCACCGGCCAAAACAGAUAAUCCAUUUAACCUAGGCUAUCCAUACAACUACAACUAUGCUGUGAUCUUCAACAUAAUUCUGUGGAUCAUGAUAGGCCUUGCCCUAGCUGUGAUUGUAAUUUCCUACAAUCUCUGGAACAUGGAUCCUGGCUAUGACAGCAUUAUUUAUAGGAUGACAAACCAGAAGAUAAGAAUGGAUUGAUCUUCAGUUUAUUCCAGCCCAGGGAAAAGAAGAGUAAGGCCUCUUCCAAAUUGUGUGAAAAUUUAAUCUCUUUGGCAUGAUUAAAUGUGGACUUUUUUUUAAAAAAAGAUGCAUUUAUCUCUUAGUUUCUUGUGUAUUUCUUGAGGCUAUUUUGAAACAUGGGUAGUACAGUCAGAGUGGACUUGAAGCAGAACCUACAGCCUGCUAUGAAAAUCAUGACCUAGUUAAUGAAUACUUUCAUUCCAUUUUGUUAACAAGUAACACCACUUUUAGAAAUGUCCUAUAUUGCCUGUGACUGUGUGAAGCAAAUGCACUGAAAUUAUGAUAGCAACUUUUUGUGUUAAUCUCUUUACACUGGAGGAUUAGAAAUCAUUGCUAAGCUGUUGUGUUGUAUAUUAUGAGCCAGUUGUAAAUGUUUUGUUUAUCUAAAUAUUUUGAAAUGGCUACUUGCACUGUUCAAUGGAAAAGCUUAGUAGAGCUCUACAUAAAGCCCUCUAUUUCUAUGAGUGUUUCUGGUUCAAACAAACAGCUUUUAGCUCUGUGAUCAAGUCAUCUUCAUGAAUUUUAACCAAAAUAAGGCUUUAUCUAGAACUUAUAUGCAGCACUCUGCAAAAGUUAAAAUAAAAAUAGGAACACUAAUGUGGCAGGUCUAUACAGUGAAGAAACUAGAAGUACAGAAAUAGCAGAAGCCUGGUUGCUUUAAAUCCAUGUCCUAAAUUGUAGAAGUAUUAUAAUAGGAACUUCUAACUCCUUCCACUUGUGCUAACAUUCUAUAAAAUUAAUUACUAAAAUUUUUUUGGAUGGUGAAAGUGGACCAGUAAUUGUCACUUGGAAGAAGCAUACAUGGCUUACUUAUCUGCUUCAAUAAAGAAAUAUUUGCCCACGUUUCUUUAAUCUUGAGGGAACUUUAGUAGAGGACAGUAACAGUUAUUUCAGUUGAGGAUUAAUUUAAGCUAAAUGGGAAAAAUGACAAAGGCUUACUCUGUCUAAAGAAUAGCAGGCCCUAGUUUUAAGAACUUCUCAGUCUUAAAUAUUUUAGAAAUUGGAAUCAUAGAAAAUACAGAUGUAAGGGACUUUGAGAUGUUUAGUCCCUUGCACUACCUCAACAUAGGGUCAAAUAUACCUUAACCAUUCCUGACAUAUCUGUCUAACCACUUAUUAAAAACCCCUAAAGCUUGAUUUUAUUUCUUUAUUGCUUACACCAAAUGUAGAUGUGACCUAGAUACUGUUUAUGCUGAAAGCUUCUACUGACUUACUUGAUGUGGCUUAGUUACUAGUUCAGAUUUGCCAUUCAUCUGCUGUCAUGAUUAAAGGAAUUGUUCUGUAGUACAGAAGCUUCAUUGGGGGAUGCUAAUUCGUAUAAUCUCCACCAUGCUUAACUUCUGCCAUCGUUAGUGGAGACUUCCAUUCCUCUGUUGAAAAAGUAUCCAGUCAAUAAACCUAUUUAUUUACUGCACAGUGGAACUGAAUUUUGGGGGGCUUUAAAACCUUUCACUUGCUUACAUCUUAGAGAAGCAAGGCAUUUUGUUUUUAUCCUGGGUAACAUGCUGCAGAUUUGCCUGAGGCUAGGGAAUCCAAUUUCACUAAUAAACAGUGUAUGAGGAAUUAAAUAUUAUCCCACGUAGCUGGUCUGUUUUAACGUCAAGUGUGCAGACUUACUUCAAGUCGCUAAGUAACUUUUUGGAUUGUAAAAUGGUGAUAUGUAUGUUACUGUUAUGUUUUGCUGAUUGUUCUGAACGUGCUUAUUUUUAAAGGCUUUCACAUUGUAGCACAAAUUGUGCUAACGGAAAGAAUCAGGGGUCCGAGCCACAGUGAGCUUGCCAUUGCAGAUAAACUAGAUUCUUUAAACUAACUGUAUGUAAGGUGGAGAUUUGAGAAAAUUCUUUAAUUUUUAAACAUCUUAAAAUUUGUUUUGUGCAGACCUAAAGGUAGUAACAUAUUUCAGGACUUAUUUAGAAACUCAUUACUUUCAGCCCUUGGAUUAGCAGUGAAGUAAUUGAGAUACAGUAGCUAAUAUUGUCCUCUACUUCGAUUCUGCUUGCCCUAAAUGGAACUUUAGAAUAGAAUAUAGGUUUUUAAAGGAUAAUACCCAAUGAUGCAAUACACUAAGCACAAAUUAGUAUGUUUAGCUUUCCAGUAAAGGAUAGAGUUAUUUCAGAAGCUUUGCUCCUUCACUUAUCCUUUCAGGGGAUGGCUGAGUUCAUUUCUAAGUCUUGUUGCACACAUUUUUCCAAUCCACUGCAAAAUGUUUGCCUGAAAGUGCUCUGUUUUACAAAAUGUACAGUGCAUUUUCCUUUCAGUUAGUGAUUUUAAAGUUAUUGAAGGAGAGGGAAUGGAGAGAGGGCUGCUGCUCAUGUACUGGUCAGUACUGUUCCCCUCAAUUUUUCUGCAGUAGUAUCUGAGGAAAUUAAAUUCUGUGUUUACUGACCACUUACCAAAUUUAGUUUAAAGAAGAGACCUCUAGUUUUUUUUAAUCUAUACAUAAAAAGGAGUAAAUUAAACUAUCAGUACAGCAUAGGACAAACAGCUGCUGAAAGCAGCAGCUUUACUUAAUAGGAAUUGAAAAAUCAAAGUCAGAUCAACAUUCUAAUGCUUUUAUGAAGUGUUUUGGUAGCUUAAACUAAAAAUUAAUUUAACAAAAGGUAAGUUAAGAUUUAAUUUACAACUCUCACUUUUUUUUUUUACUGUCCUCUAAUUCUCUUGUUCCCAGUUUACAUAAUCCUGUGGGGGCUUUUCAGUGAAGUAUCAUUCAAAGGAUAGAACUAGUGGAAUGGAAUAAGACACUUCACAGGCAAGAGAGCACUAAUGCAGCUUUUUGUAAAACCUUUAAUAGGUAGAAAGCAUGUAUUGAACUCCCAUCAGAAAAGUUUGACUUUUAAGCACAUCCAUCCUAAUUGUGAUGUGAUUUUAUACUUUUAGUAGUAUCUUCCUUUCAAAUACAGAAUUUAUGCUGUAGUCAAUUAACAUCAGCAUCUAACAUUUUGCUUAUGAACUAGCUUUCUUCCAACAUCUUGUCUCUUUUCUGUAGUGCCUUAGAGCCCCAGAGGCAUUAGUUUUGCUUACUUGAUAACCUGCCCUUCUACAGGUCUUAAUAGUCGCACUAUGCACAACCUGUUUUAAAAGAACAUGUUAAUUCCUACUUUAAUGCAAAUACCACACCCAAGAAGUCUUUCACUUUCAUCAGUAUCUUGUCCACUACACUUUGCUUGAUGAAGCAAUGCCAGUUGUGAAAGAAGUCCUGCUUGCAAGCCUCUCCAGUGCUACCAAACCCACCUGCUCCAACUGUUACACACCCAUUUUCCUUUUACACUGUUGCCUAUAUAACCCUUGGUCCAGAAGUUACCUUGUUUUUAGUGUAUGAAGCAAUCUAUACUCAUGUAAACAUGUACAGUCAUGUAAAUUUACACUCAUGUAAAAGCCAAUGUGACUGUUUAGGGAAGGUGAGGGAAGGAUAUUAAAUAAUUACCUGGUGUGGCACUAGUAUUAUUUUCAUGUUAAGGAUGCAGUUAAUUAGAAUGAACAUACUGCCAAGAUUAUUACUUUGUUGCUGGUCAUUCUCUUUUGUUGAAGAAGAUGAAUCAUGUCAUGAUUCAUGUGACAAGGCAGAACAUUGUGAGGCCCUAUAUGGAAAUUACCAAUAAAGUACUUAAUUUUA